AUGGCAACAAAAACAGUCAAAAUUUUAAUGCUAUGUUGCAUUGAGUUGUUUAUAGUGAAAGCAUUUAAAGAGGACAGUUUCAUGACUGAUUUCUUUGAUUCUAUGUACCAAAAUAAUGAAAAGCUUAAUGAAGAUGUAUAUGUGCAGUCUGUAGACCCUAUUCAAGAGGCUCCGCUCAGACAGCACCAGAACUAUUCUUUCUUUUGUGAUAAAGAUGCUGUCAAAGUAGUAUUGCUCUCAAGUCCUGUUUCUGUGGUGAAGGUUUUAGCUUUGUCAGGAUUAUCCAUUCCGGACCAAGCUCUAGAAACAGCGAAAGAAUGUGUCUACUCUGUAACAAAGGAAAGAAAGCUUUAUGUUCUUUGGAUCAGCUUCUCUGGCUGCCAUGUCACUGCUGAGGAGGGCAGAUUUACUCUGCAAGUGCUGUAUCGUAAUAAUGUGGGAUCUGCUGAGGUUGUAAAAGUGUCCUGUGAUGCUAGCUCAGACAUGGCACUGCAAAAAGUCCGGGUUCCUCGUUCAAAUGGGGAAGAAGACUGUCUACAAGCUUUAGGGCCAGGUAUAACCACUCAUCAGAAGCUGCCUCAGAUAUAUACAAAACCAGGCUGUGACAUUCCUAUUAACCAAAGGUUGCCCUGUGGGCCUCCUGAAACCACAGCUGCUGAGUGCAUAAACAAUGGAUGUUGCAUGGACAAGACUAAUUCCUCUUGUUACUACCCAAUGGAUCAAUGUACACCUGAUGGGCAUUUUGUGUUUACUGUACAUUUUAAUGUCACCACCAUCCCUGUGAGUGCCACAAGUUUACAUGUGGCAUCCGUGGACCCUUGUAAACCUAUUCUUGUUACUGAUGAUUUUGCCACCUUCAAGUUCUCUGUGUCUGAAUGUGGGACAAAGAGUUAUAAUAUUGGCGACACCACAGUUUACAUGGCUGAGGUGCGAACAGCCGUCAGAGCGCACAAGCUCAAGUACAGCGUCAUUACCAGAGAUCACCCUGUCAAGCUAAUGGUCGAGUGUCGCUACUCAAAGAUCAGUCCAGCAAUGAUGAGGGCAACUGCUGGCUACAUGGUGAUGAGCCCAAGCAUGCCAGCCUCUGUGCGGUCUGGUGGACUAUAUGGUGUUCAGCUCAGGAUUGCAGAUGAUGAGACUUUCUCUUCAUUCUUUGCCCAUGGUCAUCUGCCUUUAAAGGUUCUCCUGGGUAAACCGUUGUACCUGGAGGUGCGAUUAAAUUCCCCAAAACCUGAGGCCACACUGGUGGUAAACUACUGUGUGGCCUACACACAAUCUGCUAGAAAUGCAUUGGUUCUGCUCUAUGAAGGGUGUCCCAACCCUGAUCUUUACUCUGCACAGUCUUCAUUUCUCCAUGUGCUGGACCUGCCACAAACUCCUCACCAGCGUCGCUUUAUGGUGGCAGCAUUCCAGUUCAUGAAUGUGACCACUCAAAAACACAUCAACGAAGAGAUUUACUUUAUGUGCUCCACUGAAGUGUGUAUGCCUUCAGACAUUCCAUGUCCCAAGACAUGCUUUGACGGGAAGGCAUAACUACUACUUCCCAUUCAAAAGUGGACUUAAUUUAAACUUGCAAUGUGUUAAAUAUUAAAGCUUAAUUUUUAAAUUCAUGUGACCUUACCUUGAUCAUGUUGCAUAGUGUCAAAGCUUUAAAUUGAGCUUCAAGUAGUAAGUAGUUCAGGAUGCUCCUGUUAAAAUUAGGCAGUUUUCUGUUUGGUCCCGUCCAUGUGGUUUAUGAAGAUUGCUUCAUGGGUGUAAUUUACUGCUGACUUGUUCCCAAAGCACAAGAACGGCAAUUUCCACAUUCUAUUAACUUUGGAAAGACUUCUAUUACAGCUCUUGUGUACCACUUAGAGUAAUUUCUAUUCUUAACUGAUGUAGUUUUUUUUCCUCUCUUGAGUAACCACUUGGCGGCACGGUGGUGUAGUGGUUAGCACUGUCGCCUUGCACCUCCAGGGUCCUGGUUCGAUUCCUGGCCAGGCUCGAUUCCAGUCUCUGUGUGUAUGAUGUUCUCCCCGUGCUUGGUGGGUUUCCUCCGACAAUCCAAAGAUUGCAGGUUAGGCUAAUUACCGUUCCUAAAUUGUCCAUAGUGAAUGGUAGAUCUAUGAUAGAUUGACAUCCUGUCCAGGGUGCACCCCGCCUAGGUCCCAGUGACCCUAAAUACAGGAUAAAGUGGUAUAGAAGAGGUAUGAUUGAGUUAUCACUUUGAUAGCAUUCUGAUCCUGUUCGAAGCAGAACUGAAAAAUCUUUUUAAAAAACUUGCUGCCCAGGUCUCUGAAGUCAUACAAGACCUGAAACUCCACUGAUUUUUGCCAAAGAAAUUCUUUGGCAAACAAAAGUUCUUUUGCAAUCAAAGUUUAC